ACGUUACGGUGUCUGCUCACGAUUGUGUGCUUCUUUGCUUCGGUUACACUCGGUCGUGUCGGACAAGGUUACGCUAUUUCAUAAAGUUUCUUGACUAGCAGUCAUGGGCGGCGAAGUCGCUGAACACGGCCACCACGGACAUCAUGGCCCGAAAGUUCCGGCCGUGCCAGAUUACAGGAUCUACAAGGUCGAGGACGUUCCAAGGCUGGUAAAACUGAGGGAUGCCCUGGCUCGAGAAGGCCUCAAAGACCCCUGGAUGAGAAAUGAAGUGUGGCGUUACAGCUCGUACACCAAGAUCAACAGUUGGGGCCUUGCCAAGGCUGCUAUAACACGUGGAAUGAAGCCCGGCUUGAUACUGGCUGUAGCCACGGUUGUUUUAGAGAAAGCUUAUGACUUUGCAUUUGCAAAAGAUCACCACCACCACCAGGACGAAGGCCACCACUAAUCAACAUGCAAAUGUUUGACAAGUAAUGCUAGUGAAUAAAUCAGUUAAGUUGCAAA